AUGGAGAACGGACAGAGAGUGCCCCGCAAAGGCCGGAAGCUGGGCUCCAGCCGCCGGCGGCAGACAUGGGAGCCAGCCCAUGGCCAGGAUACCCCUGUGGCCCCGGAGCCAGACUCCUGGUCUUCUGCGGCAGCUGCAGAACUGCAGGCCUUCUUCCAGGACUGCGGUGCCACGGAGAGUGGCUUCGUCACCCGCAGCGAUCUGGCGAACAUCUUUGGCUCCAGCCCCAGUAUCCACAGGCUUCGCAGAAAGAAGACACUGUCCUCCAAGCGAGGAUCCUUGGCCACCAGCUUCCCAGGGCUGGAGGAGGCCAACCCUCAGGAGAAGGAGCUGUUCCUUGCCUUCAUGGAGCAGUUGGGGGCCAGCCACUUACACCCUGAGCAGGCAGAGGUCUGGCAGCUCUGGGGGAAGCUGCGGCAGGAGGAGCCCCAGCUGGCAGGCAACCUGGAGGGCUUUCUGGCCAAGAUGACCAGCCGCCUGCGGGAGGUGCAGGCCGACAAGGAGGCUCUGGAGCUGACCUUGAGGAAGCGGGAUGCCGACCACCAGCGUGAGGUCCAGCAGCUUUAUGAGGAAAUGGAGCAGCAGAUCCAUCAGGAGAAGCAGCAGCUGCAGGCUGAGAGUGACUUGCGGAGCCAGGCCCUUGACUCCCAGAUGCAAGAAGCCCUGGAGGCCAAGGAACGUGCGGUGCAGCAGCUGGCUGAGGGCCAGAGGGAGCUGGAGGCCCAGCUCCACAGCCUCAGCAGCUCAAACUUGGAGGCCAGCAAAGAGAACCAGCAGCUUCAAGAGGCUGAGCGGCACCUGGCAGGCCAGCUGGAGGAAGUGCGAGGGCAGCUGCGGCAGACCAGGGGGCAUCUGCGUGCCGCCAGGGGCCUUGUGUCCUGGCAGAUGGAGGAGGAACCAAGUGUUCCCAGAGCAGAUGAGAAGACUCUCGACCCUCAGACAGCCUUCCCUGAGGAGGCCCCUCUGCCAGGGCUGUUUGGGGACAAUGAUGACUGGCACCACCUCCUGAGCAGAUUCAGCAGCCCCACACACAGCGACCUGCAGGUCUCCUGGAGCCCACCCCCAACCCCGAGUUCCCACUCAGGCCCUCAGACGCCCCGAGUAGUCAGGCACAUCUCCAUCUCAGAGCCACAGUUUUUGCUGUUCAGUCAGGAGCCAUCCUCAGAACCCGAUGGGGCUCCAGGGAGUCCCCCUGGGGUGCCUUCCAGAGCCAACAAAGGGAAAGGAGUGGACCCAGAUGGACAGGACAUCCGCCCAGAAGAGCCUGUUGAGCCUCAAAGUCUGGAGCCCAAGACGGUGUCAGGGUUUGGCACGGAGGCCCACUUCCGUUUGCCUGAGGCCCCAACUGAGGAGUCAGGGGGCCUGGUGACAGCACCUGUCAAAGUGCUCAUUCCUUUGGAGGUGGGAUCUCCCCCACAUGCAAGCUCAACUGGGCCCAGAGAACAUUUCCAGGCCUCACACCUAGACGACAAGGGCCUUAGCCUUGAGCCUAUCCCUGCCAAACCACCCAGGCAGAGAGAGUCCCUCUAUCUGGACCUGCACACUGCUAGCUCUGAGGCAGGACUGGGGUCCCCAGGAGCUGGAGCAAUCACCCUUGGGUUGGCCAAGCCCUCCCAGGAUCCCACAGAGGAGCCCAAGCAGCCUAAGCCAGGUCCAGAUAUGCAGGCGGCCCAUGCUGGAGAACUAAGAGAAGCUCAUGGCCAGAACCUCAGGCCAGAUGGACUGGCAGCCCUCCCCGACCAGGGUCUGGAAGAGAAGCCCAGGGCUGAAGAGAGGAAAGGAGUAGAUGGGGGAGGGCAAGGUCUCAGUUCAGAGCAGGCAGGAGAGACUUCCAGCCUGAGGACUGGGCGUCUAGAACUCCCCCAGCAAGAUGCGGCCGCUUCUCUCCCUUCUGGUACUCCACAGAUGUGGGCUGAAGCAGAAAUCCCUGCUCCUGGGAAAUCUUCACUCCUUGGGACCUCUCCCCCCGAAAGGGCACAGCCUAGGGAUGAAGCAGACCCCUUGGGGUUCACAGAUAGCCUCCCUUCUGUGGCCAAACUGAAAGCCCAGCCCAGAUCCCCACCUACAACCUCUCAUAGAGAAGAACAAGGUCCCCCUCAAUCCAGAGAGCCAGGGGCAAGGAACAGGCCUGAAGACCCAGGAACAGACUCUGGAAAGACUGAGCUGACCCCUCCCCCAGAACCCCCCACAGCCAGUGAGCCUUCAGCAGACCCUGACUACGUCUUCCAUGUCAUCUUCCUGGGAGACUCGAAUGUGGGCAAAACAUCGUUCCUUCACCUGCUGCACCAGAACUCCUUCACCACUGGGCUGACAGCUACUGUGGGAGUGGAUUUUCGAGUCAAAACCCUGCUGGUGGACAACAAGUACUUUGCACUGCAGCUCUGGGACACGGCUGGCCAGGAGCGGUAUCACAGCGUGACCCGGCAGCUGUUCCACAAGGCUGACGGGGUGGUGCUCAUGUACGACGUCACCUCCCAGGAGAGCUUUGCACAUGUGCGCUACUGGCUGGACUGCCUUCAGGAUACAGGGGCUGAAGGGGUGGUCAUCCUGCUCCUGGGAAACAAGACAGACUGUGAAGAGGAGCGUCAGGUGCCCACUGAGGCGGGACAGCAACUGGCGAAGGAACUGGGGGUCUCCUUUGCAGAGUGCAGUGCUGCCCUGGGUCACAACAUCUUGGAGCCCAUCGUGGACCUGGCCCGACCCUGGCCGUUGCUCGGUGGGUUCCAACAGCUUCCUUCCUCCUCGAAUACUGCAAGGACCUGGUGUCACUCCGGAGGCAAGAAGAACGCCUGAAGGACUCGCUGGUGGAAGUGGGCACCCUGAGGCCUCCGAAGAGAGGGGGCUGCUGCUCCUGACCACCCAUCCUCAGGCCCA